UCGCAGAUCUCCGUCCAUGCAGCCGAUGUCAAGCAGGUGUUGUGUGUCUACUCUAUCGAAGUUCCCAUUCGGCAAAAGGACGAUUUAGAGGAGGAUCCAAUUGUGGUGGAGCUGCGGAAGGCAGGUGGGGCUAGUUACGACAGGGUGUAG